AUGGAUGAUACAGAGGACGACCCGUUACUGGAACCAUCAUUAUCCAUCAACGAUUCCACUUUCAUGAUGGAAAAUGGUAGUACAAGCAACGAUGUUAAGAACGUCUUCAGAGAAAUGUUUCAAUCAAAAACUUUAAUUCCAACAGAAAUUCAAAACAAACAGAACAUUAGGACAGAAAUUAGUAUAGAUUCGAAUCAAAUGAAUGAAAAUGCAUUUACGCGUGAAAGUCAAAAUCUUUAUUUUUCACAGUUUCCUCGACAUGAUGAAAAGAGUCGAAAUAAGUCGCGUUCAUGGACUCCAGAAGAAGACAAUCGACUGAUUGAAGCUGUAAAUAAAUAUGGCUCCUCAGAAUGGUGUAAAAUUGCACAAUACGUUGGGAAUGGUCGAACUCGAUCUCAAUGUGGGCAAAGAUGGAAUAGAGUUCUUAGCCCACAGAUUUCAAAAGAUCCUUGGACGCCAGAAGAAGAUCAGAAGCUCGCAAAUUUAGUUUGUUUAUAUGGGGACAGAACUUGGUCAAAAAUUGCGAAUGAAAUGGGAUCAAGAUCCGAUGUUCAGUGUAGGUAUCGAUGGAAAAGGACGCUAAAGGCUGCUAUUACUAAGGUAGUCACAAAAUCUAAGUAG